CGAGAGCGACGCGCGUGACGGCGAUCGCGUAAAUACCGAGCGCAAAAAGUGCCGUCAGUGAAACUAGUGAAAAGUUUUUUCGCCGAGCGCGGGGGAGCCACCCCUCGGCGGCGGAAAAAAUCGGCGCCUCGCGCCCCUCGCGCGCCCCCGCCGAACUUUUCAUUCACCGAGGAAAAAAGUGUGGCAAGGCCGUCCGUGACGUCACCGCGUCAAGUGGCCACGCGUGUUCCCUAGCAACUAGUUGGCUCCGUAGUUUAUAGUGGUGAUGGUGUGUUGGUCAACGUGUGUGUUGACAGUGAGUGGACAGUGAGAUGUAGGUGGAGCCAGCUGACUCUAUGUGUAGCACGCAGAGACGGGUGGCGAGGAUGCACCUGACGGGUGCGAGCAGCGGCGCCGUGUCGCCGGACACCAGCUCGACGCUGCUGCACGAGACGUACACGAAGAUGACGUCGGACAUUCUGGCGGAGCGAACGUUGGGGGACUUUCUCUCAGAGCACCCCGGAGAGUUGGUGAGGACGGGCAGUCCUCACUUCGUCUGCACAGUAUUACCUCCACACUGGAGAUCAAACAAGACUCUCCCCGUUGCCUUCAAGGUGGUGGCCCUUGGGGAUGUGGGUGACGGCACGCUGGUGACCGUGAGAGCGGGGAACGACGAGAACUGCUGUGCGGAGUUGAGGAACAGUUCGGCCGUGAUGAAGAACCAGGUGGCCAAGUUUAACGACCUGAGGUUCGUCGGCCGCAGCGGUCGCGGCAAAUCGUUCACGUUGACGAUAACGAUAUCGACGACGCCGCCGCAGGUCACCACGUACAACAAAGCCAUCAAGGUGACGGUGGACGGGCCAAGGGAACCUCGCUCCAAAACCAUGCUUUCGCUUCUAGGGCAGCAACAGCAGUUCCACUUCGCGUUCGGGCAGCGGCCCUUCCCCUUCCCGCCGGACCCGCUAGGCGGGUUCCGCAUGCCGCCCAUCACUACCUGCCAAAACAUGAGCCAAUUCGGACUCAGCUCAAGCAACUCCCACUGGGGCUACGGGGGCGCGAGCGCAUACCCUGCGUACCUUUCGUCCUGCGCGGCCCCUACUGCGCCACAGUUCAACCCACCAGCAUUAGGGUUCGGUGGAAGCGUGCCUGACCAGACACCCUCGCAGGACUUUGGCACUAAUAAUACAGUGCUUCCCGACACGACGGCUGUGGACCUGGACCAGCAGCUGUCGGGGCUCGUGGGGUCAUCGCCCUCGCACCACCCCAGCCUCCUGCCCCGCUACAACAACAACACAGACUACAGCCUCUCCACCGGCCCGCGCUCCCUCAGCGACAACAGCUCGCAACCAGAGAGCCCUGUCCAAGACGACCUUCUAACAUCAAACACAACCACAAACAUCGCCAAUCACAACAGCUCAAACUUCCCUUCCUUAAUGGGCAGUCAGAAUACCUCUUACGGCAGCAGUAACUGUAACAACUCCUUAUAUCCCGUCUUACCAGCAAGUCUACUAUAUAGCCAACUCUAUACAGCAGCGAACCAGACGCACAACUUCCAUCCAUUACACUCGAACUCAAUACAUUCGACGCAGAACCACCACAAUGAGCUACAGACUAUGAUGGAUCAAAUAUCUUCAACGACUAACAAUCAUAGACAGCACGGGAAUCACGGACAAGAGUUAUUGCUCGGUGGAGGGAACUCUUGUGCUGCCGCCGCGGCGAGAGGGGAGGACGGCCGAGUAAAUAAUCUUGGACAACGGGGAAACCCACAACCAGACAGCAACACUGUUUGGCGACCUUACUAAAGUCAAUUUGACGCUUCUUUCUUUGAAGCGACGUUUCAGUAAAGGACACUGUGAAGUGGUGUGUAGAUACGUGAAUUUCUUGGUUAAUAAGAAAUAUUUAUGCAAAUAUCCCAGUUCAGAGCAAUGAUUGAAAUAUUUUUUAUUAAACAUAGCAAACGGGCGGUUUAUUUUCGAAAAGUCCAUGUCGAUGUGGGUACAGAAGAAAGAAGUUGUCAAUAAAAUUUAACAAUACGAUUGCAACGAAAUAGAUUUCGGAUGUUAAUUAUUAUGAUAGAAUGUACUUAAGUGUAAAAUGUAAAAACGUACGGGUAAAUUUGUUUAGUGAAAUUGUAUGUUCUUUGAAAUUCGCUCCCGUCCUAAAAUUAUACGACUUUGAUUUCAUUGAUUCAAAAGUAGUCGUGAUUUUUUGAAUUUUAUUCAAAAAUGUAAUUUGUAAAUAAGAAUCUGUGAAUAAUUUGUUGUAAAUGCGUAAUAUUAAGUGCAAUAGAUGUGCAAUUAUAACGUUGAGUAGAUGUAUACUGAUAGACUAAGAGACGCUGUCUGUUGGGAAUGUGACGUAUGUCCAUAGU